GCACCUUCGCCUUUAGUAUGUCGCUUGGGACGAUGGGAGGAGGAUGUUAAAGCUUCAACGAUGGAUGCCAAAAGGCUGUAGUUUCACUCUCGUGCGGGUGUUUUAAAGUUAUGGGCUGAUUUCCAACACUGGUCAAAAUGGCGAGGGAACGAAAAUGCAUCCUCUGCGAAACACUCCAUACCUCCAAACAGGAAAUGGACGAGCAUGUGAGAAGUAUGUUGCAUCACAGGGAACUGGAGAAACUUAAAGGCCGGGACUGCGGACAUGAGUGCAGAGUGUGCAAGGUGACGGUCACCAGCCUCACUGAUUAUGCCAGCCACAUCUCCAGCCCCACACAUAAACAAAAUGUGGAGCGGAAGCACACUGGGAUGGAGUGGGAGAAGGACUAUUUCGACCCAGAGUUGGUGGACCUGAUUGAAAAGAGGAAAGAACAGAUCAGAAAAGAGAAGGAAGCUGCAGCAAAAAUGUCCAAAGAAGAAGAGGAGCACAGAAAACGGGAAGAGUUCAAGCAAAGACUAAAGGAAACUAAAGGGUUUUAUCAGAAUCAGUGGGCGCAACCACAAGGGUUCAGAGCCGGCCAUCACAAGUCCUGGAACCGAACUUAUCAGUACGGUGACAGAGAGCAGCAGCACUGGAUGAACCACAAACAUGGGAAAAGCGCCACCUGGCAUGCCCAGGCUCCUCCCAACUAUGGCACGAUGUCAUCCAGAGGCAAUGGUGGGAACAGCUUGGGCCACAGACAGUGGAGUCAGGGUAACUCCUUUGGUGGCGGGAGAGGCCGUCUGCCUUGGUUAAGCAAUGGUGGCAGUAAUCACGGUCUUUAUGGAAGAAACAAUGUCAUGCUGUUCCCAGAAAAUAAUUCCAGGCCUUCUAACCUCUUCACUUCAUCAGCAUAUCCUCCUCCCAAACGUCUGUUUGCCAGUGAUAACCAGGCCCAAAAGCCAGACAAUCAGCAGAAAAGUCAAGCACAGACUGCCUCUCAGAACACAGUGUCUGACCACAGUCCAGUAAAGGACUCAAAGAAAAGUGGCAGCAACCCAAAAUUGGAUAAAGCUUGUCGCUGGUCUCCAUAUCCUGACCCAAAGGACCAUAAAGAUGCCAAAUCACACUCAGCGGAAAGACACCCUAAAGCACAAAAAUCCCAGAAGCAGGACCCUCCAGCCGAGGUGGAACCUUUGAAGAAGCAGUGGGCGACUACAACAGAUCGAUUGACCGCGAGUGGCCAAAGUGAAGAAGAUAAAGGGGCAUGUAAAAAGAAACACAACAGAGAUAAAGUCAAUGAGUGCAAUAGCAGCUCCCUGAAAGAUGGACUCCAUCUUCCUGCAUCCAUCCAGAAGACGAAAAAACAAUCAGCGCCUGAGGAUGGCAAGUGCACCUCAACGCCUAAAGAGAAGCAAAAUCCCUUACCAGCAAAGCCUUCCAGUCAAAAGAAAGCUACACUCUUGGGAACAAUGCAACCGGAGCAGGAUGUCAAAGAAAAACCUAAAACUGUCAUGUUAAAAACAACAGAAUCUUUAGAGAAGUCCAAGGGCAACAGGCUGGAAGUUUCUCAAAAGGAGCAAUUGAAGGACCGGACAUCGAGUCAAGGUGGACUCAACCAAGAGUUCAGAUGUGGGCAAAGUGCACCCAAGACGAGUGAAGCAACCAAAAGUUCAGACCGAGAAAGCAGCCAGUGUUUUGAGUCGCCGGUUACAGUUACAGUGGCAACCUCAGAACCUGCUGGCCCAAGCAAAGAGGAGCAGCCGUUGGCAGGCGCUUCAGGUGAAGUUGUGCAGCAUGAAGAUGCAAAGAUGGGCUCUGAGAGCGAUGCCUCCAGGAGCGAUGAGGCUGCUUCAGCUGCACAAGGUUCAUCCAAAAAAGACCUCUUGCCAAUCUUGAAACGGGACCUCAACAAGAUGAGCACCAAGAGUAAAACAGGUUCCCAUGAGCCAAACCUAAACAUUGCUCGCCGGGUUCGGGAUAUAGGAGAGUUACGGAGAAGUGACUCUGACAAGGACUCCGGGCUGAAACCAACUGUUCGCCAGCUCAUCAGCUCGUCUGGGUCACGGCGGAAUGUCAACUGGGAACAAGUUUACCAGGAGCUCAGGAAGAAGCAGGACAAAGGGAAAGGAAUGCCGAGGUUCGGGAUCGAGAUGGUGGCUUGUGACCAAGAUGACCAGAGUCAGGAGGAGGUGGACAUCUCUCUGCUCGAAGGUUUCCACUGGGAUUCCAUCAUUGAUGUUCACACCCCGACAGUUUCUCGCAGUCGCUCCUUGUCAGAAAGCAGCAUCACUCCUAAUACGGCUCAUUCAUUCUUUCCUCGAAAUGAGUCGGCAAAGGCACAAAGAGGAGGCGUCAGCCCAGAGGUGCAGGGAGCCACCAGUUAUACAAAGAUGUUCGGCAGAGAAGAAAAUCAAGGGGUGGAGCCUGGAGUAGACAAUGAUACGUCGGCGAGCACAGAGCAAGCUGAUCUGGUGAUGCUCGCUGACAGCAGUUCAGGGGAGCAGCUGGACAGUCUGGGGACGGGCAAGAGGCGAAGAGCAGCAGGGGAUGGUCAGAACCCUGAGGCAGCAGGGCUGGAGCAUGAUAGCAAAAGGAGGAAGACCAAAUCCAAAAAGGAGCGCUCGCAUAUAGACCAGCUCCUGGUGGUGUCUCUGAGGGAGGAAGAGCUCAGCCGCUCCAUGCAGACCGUGGAGACAAAUCUGAUCCAGGCCCGAGCCGCACUGGAGGCGGCUUACAGGGAUGUGCAACAGUUCAUGGUUAUGAAACAGCAGAUUACGGAGGAGAUGAGCACACUGAGGACAAAACGUAUCGAGCUGCUGAAGGGGAUGCAAGGAGGCUUAGAUGAGACGCCAGAAGUAAGAGUGAAAGAAGAGAAGGUGGUUGCUGAAACACUGGCGCCCUCCACUAGCAGUGAUCCAUGUCUAGACCUUCCUGCUGCUGCCCGCCAGGUCACCACCUCAUCCUUGCCUGUCGUCAUCAAGCAGGAGCCCCGCUCCCCAGUCCAUGUCAGCUCAGCACCAGAUGUGGUGGAAAACAUGGCUAACUUGGCUCACAGCACCACGUCAGAGCCCCUUGUUUCUGGUGCUGCAGCGUCUCCACCAGGUUCAUCCCUCGACAAGCAGCCUCAGCCUGAAUAUCCCAGAGAUCCAGGAGCCUUGGAGGAGCCUGUAGAUAGCAAAGAAAACCUUGCAGUGCUCAAGUCCCAGAGGCUCAGAAGUGCCUCUUUGCCCGACAGUAAUCCUGUGCCGCUUCUCGCAGACAACAGAAGGGGCUCUGAGAUCAGAAGCCUGGAAGAGUUUUCUAGACCCACUUCGGUGCCCUCAGUCAUCAGUACCCCCGCUUCUCCCUCUGAAGUGAGGAGCGGGAAGCGGGUAAGGAAACUGAAGAAGAGGAAGGUGAAAAAGUCCCCAGGAGCCGAGCAGAUGGAGAGCAGUGACACAGAGAUGGAUUGUGAGAUCCCUCGCUCUCGGUGGGUGAGGCUCCGUAGGAGACCCGGCACUCAGGGCCCCGUUCGGGAUGAGGGCAUGAGCCUGGAGAGGGACAAGUCAAGCGACUCCAGUAAGCUGCGAACAAACCUGGACUCAGAAGAGGGCAUGGAGGUCACCGCAGCCUGUGGAGCCUCAGGUCCAACACUGACCUCCAUCAAACCAGAACCACAGAGCCUGGCCUGCAAUGAAGUGACCUCCACAAGUGACAUGGAGCUCUGUAAAUCUUCAGAAGGGGACCUGACUCUUCCAAAAAGUCGCUCAGCUUUGUUUUCCUUCGACCGUGUGGAGGUGGACCCCACAGAGGGAGCGUUUCAGGGCCAUCAGGAGGCAGUGAACGGCAUGCUGGUCCACAACGGGUUGCUGUACACAUGCUCCGGCGAUCGCACCGUCAAAGCCUUCGACUUGGUGAGCCACAAGUGUGUCGCAGUCUUUGAGGGCCACAGUUCUAAAGUAAACUGCCUGCUGGUGUCUGCGACUCCGUGCCUGCAUCACCGCCUCUUCACUGGGUCCAGCGACCAAACCAUCCGCUGCUACAGUCUUCGGACCCAGGAGUAUGAGCAGCAGUUUGCUGUUUCGGACCGGGUCCUCUGCCUCCACGCUCGCUGGAAAACCUUGUACGCCGGCCUGGCUAACGGCACAGUCGUGACCUUUAACCUGAAGACAAACAAGCAGAUGGACGUGUUCGAGUGCCACGGGCCCAAAGCUGUGAGCUGCCUGGCCUCCUCGCAGGAAGGAGCCCGCAGGAUCCUGCUGGUCAGCUCGUACGACAACACCAUCAGCGUGAGGGACGCCAAGAACGGACUGCUGCUGCGCACGCUUCAGGGUCACACCAAGACGGUGCUCUGCAUGACGGUUGUCAAUGAUCUGGUGUUCAGCGGCUCCAGUGAUCACUGUGUGCACGCACACAACAUCCACACUGGAGAGUUGGUGCGGGUGUACAAGGGCCACACGCAUGCCGUCACUGUCGUGGUCAUCCUGGGGAAGGUGAUGGUCACCGCCUGCCUGGAUAAGCUGGUCCAUGUCUACGACCUGGAGUCAGGGAAGCAGCUGGUCGUCUAUGGUGGACACAAGGACAUGGUGACCUGUAUGACUGUCCACCAGGACAUGAUCUACACCGGCUGCUACGACGGCAGCAUGAAGGCGGUCAAGCUGAACCUGGACUCCACGCACCGCUGCUGGUGGAGUGGCUGCACGCUCAUCUUCUCUGUGACGGAGGACCUGCAGCAGCACCUCGUCCACGACCACGCCAGCGUCAACUUCCAGACACUCAAGUGCCGCUGGAAAAACUGUGAAGAGCUUCUCAACGCACGCACCCGCUGCAGUCAGGCCAUUCUCAUGCACAUGAAGAAACACGCCCAGGAAACUGGGCUGGAGCUUUGAGGACUCACCUGCUCCUUCCUUAAACCCCUAUCCUUCAUAACCCCUCAUAUUGGGGGGGGGGAUGUUUAUCGGGACCCACCAUGUCGGUCGAAUGUCUCUGAAGACUCCGUCCGUUGGAUUCCAAACCACAUCCCGCUACUGAAACGACGACUGACUUUUGUAUUCUUGUUCUAACACAGUGUUGUGUGUUUCAGUCAGACAACACUGCAGUGACCAAAGUUACACCAACAGUUGUGACAUGUUUUCUGAAGAAACUCGGGAGUUGCCGUGGCGACAGGGAACAGUGUUAGUUGUAGGGAGUAUGGCAUGGGAUUAAAGAUGUUUUAUCGUUUCGUGAUGUUUUUGAGCAGCUUUUUUUGUCGUUCACACCUGAUCCAGAGUGAUUUUAAAACGAUUUCUUUAAGACUUAAAUUUUGCACUACUUUUUUUUUCCUGUCAGAGAUUUAAGAUUGAGGUUUCUGUUGCUCAUAGAUGUCGAGAGUUUGAGGGAUUUCGGUGCAGUGCAGUGCGACUUCUGUGCGAAUUUGCCGUGAAAACAGAACCAGGAAGUGAUGCUGGUGUGUGCUUAUCUGUGUUUUCGGGUUAUUCAGAGUGUUGUGACAAAAUUCCGUCUGGGAAUGUUUGUUUCGAAAAGGUUUUUUUUUUUGUUUUGUUUUUUUAUUUUAAACUUUUUUUAUUGGAGGCAUCGAACUGAUGGCGUCAGAUUUGGGAGGAGGUGAAGGAAGUGCGACAGACGUGUUCGAUGGAAGUGUCAGGAAGAAAGAUUUAGAUUCAUCUCCCAUGCCAUCACUUCAUUCACCGAAACUGCUGCCGCCCAAAAUUUCUCGUUUCACUGCUGCCACCUGAGGAAAAACACCAUGUUCCCGACUCUGCCCGGCAUUCCGGAGUUUCUUCACCUUUUUGUACUUGUCAUUAUUCAAAGUUCAAUCUGUGACAUUUAUAAUAACUAUUAAAGCUGACUAUAA